UCGCGCACAGCCGCACAGGAGGAGAGGAGAGAGCGCGGCCGAGGAAACGAGCGAGCGAGCAGGGCGAGGGGAGCUGUCGCUUUUGACCUCGCGGCGUAACGGAAUCAGGGCGGAUUCGCGCGCGCCGCCGCUGCUGCUGCUGCUAUAUAAGAGGCCGCAAAGGCAACGGGCAAAGCCAUCGUCGUCGUCGUACUCGCCCGCAAGAAACACGGGUCCGGCAGCCGGCGGUCGGAGAAGCCGAUCGAGGAGGUUGGAGGCUUGGCGGAGCAGCAGCCGCGAGGAGGUUGGGGACUUGAGUCAGCAACCGGCGGCAAUGGAGAAGCCCCGGCAGGUGGUGCGGAAGUUCCUGGCCCGGCCGCAGCACGAGGGCGUCGGCGCCGUCGUCCGCCGCAGCAUCGGCAGGUUUGAGCUGAGGUACUUCGAUCCGUUCCUAGUCCUCGACGAGUUCUCCGUUUCUGCUCCGGCCGGGUUCCCCGACCACCCGCACAGAGGAUUCGAGACCGUCACCUACAUGCUCGAGGGCGCUGUGACGCACGAGGACUUCGAGGGCCACCGUGGCACCAUCAAGGCCGGCGACGUGCAGUGGAUGACGGCCGGGCGCGGCAUCGUGCACUCGGAGAUGCCCGCCGGCCCCGGCACGUCCAAGGGUCUGCAGCUCUGGGUCAACCUCUCCUCCGGCAACAAAAUGGUCGAGCCCGGGUACCAGGAGAUCCAGAGCAAGGACAUCGCGUGCACGUCCGCGGACGGCGUCACGGUGCGCGUGAUCGCCGGGCACGCCAUGGGGGUGCGGUCGCCGGUGUGCACGCGGACGCCGACCAUGUACCUCGACUUCACGGUGCGCCCGCGCGCCGCCGUGCGGCAGCCCGUGCUCCCGUCGUGGAACGCCUUCGCGUACGUGCUGGAGGGCGAGGGCGUGUUCGGGACCGAGCGGUGCGCGCCCGUCGGCGCCCACCACCUGCUCCUCCUUGGCCAGGGCGACGGCCUCGAGGUGUGGAACAAGUCGGACAGGCCGCUUCGGUUCCUGCUCAUCGGCGGCGAGCCCAUCGGGGAGCCCGUGGCGCAGCUGGGGCCCUUCGUCAUGAACACCGAGGAGGAGAUCGACAUGACCGUCGACGACUUCGAGCGCUACGCCAACGGGUUCGAGAAGGCCAGGCACUGGAAAUCGCAGGCGAUGGUAGCGCUUGGCGUAGAGUAGGGACAAACACGAGCAGAGUACACAGCGAAGGGGAAAAAAAUCAACAGAUUAUUUUCGUUUUUUUCCUAUUAUCAUCGUAAUAUACGGUACUACUAGUAGGUAUCAUUGCUUUUCUUUCUUUCCCCCAAGAUCGGGGUUGUGUACAUAUAUCUGGUAUAAAUUAAUUUUAACAAUAACCAGGAACAGAGUUUUAUAGUUCAUCAUCAUCAACAACAAAAUAAAAGUACUAUUUAUUCCCUUC